AUGCAGCGCAAGCUCCUGGCCCAAAUCCAGCACGAAUCCGGGCCCAACGCCGCGGCUGUGAGGCGGGCCGCGACGUGCGACGUGUUCAUCAACCACCGAGGGAUCGACACGAAGCGGACGGUGGUGACGUUGCUGUACGACCAGCUGGCGAGGCUGCGGCUGCGUCCGUUCCUCGACAACAAGAGCAUGAAGCCUGGGGACAAGCUGUUCGACAACAUCAACCGCGCCAUCCGCCAGUGCAAGGUCGGCGUCGCCGUCUUCUCGCCGCGCUACUGCGAGUCCUACUUCUGCCUCCACGAGCUCGCCCUCAUGAUGGAGUCGCGGAAGAAGGUGAUCCCCAUCUUCUGCGACGUCAAGCCGUCGGAGCUCCGCGUGCCGCCGACGGUGGCCUGGCGGCAGGGGAUGCUGUACUCCGAGGAGGAGAUGAGGAGGUUCAGUUUGGCGCUUGAGCAGGCCAAGUACACCGUGGGCCUUGAUUUCGACUCCACCAAAGGGUACGUAGGGGUUUCGCGUCUAAUUAGAUACUGGAAUACGUUAAUGGAAUAA